AUGGUGCUUUGUUUUAAAGGAAUUUUAAAACAUCUUGUUCGGAAGUCCACUGAAGAAAUCAAGUCCACAGGAGAGAAUAUAGUUGAUAAUGAAUUGUCUGGAAUUGAUGUUCCGUCUGACUUAAGUAGAAGGAUAGAUUCAAGCACAAAAAGAAGAAGUUUUGGUUUGGGUGUUACAUAUUUGUUUCCACUAGCAAAGGUUUAUGCAAAGUCAAAGGAUGUGGCUACAUUAAGAAGUGAAAUUGAAGCAUUAAACAAAUCACUUCAAAAGCAGGAAGAAGAGAAAUUGCAAAUGAGACAAGAAGUUGAAGCCUAUUAUGAGAGAAAAGGAAAAAAGAAAACAUGCAAUUUGAGCACGCAUAACAGAGACAAAUUCCAGGAGAGAUUGGAUUUCAAAUUCUAUGAUUUCCAGGCUCUGGAGAUAGAAAAAGGGUGGAACAAUCUUUUUGUUUCCAUUAUUUCUAUAGAAACAGGGGAAACCAUAGCCAAGUCUGGAAAAGCAUCAGUACAAAAUGGAAAGUGUCAUUGGGAAGAUUCCAUGCUAAGUACCAUGUGGAUUUCUGAGGAUCUUUUACAGCACAAUGAAAGCUUCCUCCUUAAGCUUGUUGUUGCCAUGGGAUCUGCGAGAUUUGGGACCCUUGGGGAGGCUAUCAUUAAUUUAGCAAGUUACAUUAGACCAGAAGUGAGUACUGCAUCAUUGCCUUUGAGACAAUGUUCUCAUGGGACAAUCCUACAAGUAAGAAUUCUAUUUCUUGAAUUACAUCAUUAA